UGGGGGCGAUGGACGCACAACGACCGCAUUUUCGGUUGCCGACUCGCCGUUCGCAUCUGGUAGGCACGACUCGUCGGGUUCGGCUCUUGCGUGAGCCGUGACGUAACAGACCCGUUCUCUUCCCCCGUCUGGCCAUCCAUAAAUCCCCCCUCCAUCGGCUUCCCUUUCCUCAAUCCAGCACCCUGAUUCCGAUCGAAAAGUCCCCGCAAGAGCAAGCGACCGAUCUCGUGAAUCUCCGUCAAGAUGCAGAUCUUUGUGAAGACCCUCACCGGCAAGACCAUCACCCUUGAGGUCGAGUCUUCUGAUACGAUCGACAAUGUCAAGGCAAAGAUCCAGGACAAGGAGGGCAUCCCCCCGGACCAGCAGCGUCUCAUCUUCGCCGGGAAGCAGCUGGAGGAUGGCCGCACCCUGGCAGAUUACAACAUCCAGAAGGAGUCCACCCUCCAUCUGGUGCUCAGGCUCAGGGGUGGCAUGCAAAUCUUUGUGAAGACCCUUACUGGCAAGACCAUCACACUCGAGGUCGAGUCGUCUGACACGAUCGACAAUGUGAAGGCAAAGAUCCAGGACAAGGAGGGCAUCCCCCCAGACCAGCAGCGCCUCAUCUUUGCUGGCAAGCAACUGGAAGACGGUCGCACCCUGGCAGAUUACAAUAUCCAGAAGGAGUCCACCUUGCACCUUGUGCUUCGCCUCCGUGGUGGCAUGCAAAUCUUUGUCAAGACCUUGACAGGCAAGACCAUUACUCUGGAGGUCGAGUCGUCUGACACAAUCGAUAAUGUGAAGGCGAAGAUCCAGGACAAGGAGGGAAUUCCACCGGACCAGCAGCGCCUAAUCUUUGCUGGCAAACAGCUUGAGGAUGGCCUCUUUGUCAAGACCUUGACAGGGAAGACAAUCACACUGGAGGUCGAGUCGUCUGACACAAUCGAUAAUGUGAAGGCGAAGAUCCAGGACAAGGAGGGCAUUCCACCGGACCAGCAGCGCCUUAUCUUCGCCGGCAAGCAGCUUGAGGAUGGCCGCACCCUUGCUGAUUACAAUAUCCAGAAGGAAUCCACCCUGCACCUGGUGCUUCGCCUCCGUGGUGGCAUGCAGAUCUUUGUCAAGACUUUGACCGGGAAGACCAUUACACUGGAGGUUGAAUCUUCAGACACCAUCGACAACGUGAAGGCGAAGAUCCAGGACAAGGAGGGCAUCCCCCCAGACCAGCAGCGCCUGAUCUUUGCUGGUAAGCAGCUUGAGGAUGGACGCACUCUGGCGGAUUAUAACAUCCAGAAGGAGUCUACCCUACACCUGGUGCUCCGCCUCCGUGGUGGCCAGUAAAUGCAGAUCUUUGUGAAGACUCUCACCGGCAAGACCAUUACCCUCUAGGUCGAGUCUUCCGACACGAUCGACAAUGUCAAGUCAAAGAUCCAGGACAAGGAGGGCCUCCCCCCGGACCAGCAGCGCCUCAUCUUCGCUGGCAAGCAGCUGGAGGAUGGGCGCACUCUCGCGGAUUACAACAUCCAGAAAUAGUCCACCCUCCACCUUGUUCUUCGCCUACGUGGUGGCAUGCAGAUCUUCGUCAAGACCUUGACUGGCAAGACCAUUACCCUAGAGGUUAAAUCUUCUGACACAAUCGACAAUGUGAAGGCGAAGAUCCAGGAUAAGGAGGGCACACCCCCGGACCAGCAGCAGCUCAUCUUUGCUGGUAAGCAGCUUGAGGAUGGCCGCACUCUUGCGGAUUAUAACAUCCAGAAGGAAUCCACACUGCACCUGGUCCUCCGUCUCCGUGGUGGCCAGUAAAUGCAGAUCUUUGUGAAAACCCUCACUGGCAAGACCAUCACCAUCGAGUUCGAGUCUUCGGACACGAUCGACAAUGUGAAGGCCAAAAUACAGGACAAGGAGGGCAUCCCAGAGCUGGAGGAUGGACGUACCUUGGCUGAUUAUAACAUCCAGAAGUAGUCGACCCUUCACCUCGUACUCAGGCUCCGUGGUGGUAUGCAAAUCUUUGUGAAGACGUUGACAGAAGACACGAUUGACAAUGUCAAGGCAAAGAUCCAAGACAAGAAGGGCAUUCCCCCAGACCAACAGCGCCUAAUCUUUGCAGGUAAGCAGCUCGAGGAUGGCCGCACUCAUGCGGAUUACAACAUUCAGAAGGAGCCCACCUUGCACCUGGUGCUCCGCCUCCGCGGUGGUCAAAUUUGCUCGGUCAAAUGUUUAACGCAUGGCUUGUUUGGUUUGUGUUUUGGGCAGACAGCCAAAACCAUGCUACUACCAAUCACUUCAGUGAUUAAUGAUUGGGAGCAUACAUUUGCCAAAUCUCAGUGCCCGGAAUCUUACAAAAAUUCGGCUAUUCAUUUGAGCUUAUUGCAUUUUUCACCCGCAGAAAUCGUCACUUGUGACAUGGUUGGGCGAGAUUUUAAUUCUUUUUCUAGCACUUUGCCCUGUAAUAAACAUUCAAAACAAUGUUAGUCCGAUUUAAGUGCACCCAACUUUGUGAUUGAGUUAAC